AAAAUUUCUUAUUAUUCUCUUUGUCCAUUUUGAUUAGUAAAUCCAAAUUUCUUCUUAUUUUCUCGGUCUUUUUCUCUAGUUCACAAUUUGGGUUCUUGAGUAUAUAAACAACUCUAGUAGUACACUGCUCUUAGAUUAAAGGAAAUAGAAUGGAAGAGGAAAUAGAUUAAGACUUUGCGAGAAAAAAAGGAAAUAGAACGAAAAAGAAAAUUGAUCAAUUUGAUUAAUCAUCUUCUAAAAAAUUGAUUGUUAUCCUUCUCCAUUUCAAUGAACUAAUUUUCAUUUGAAUGCAGCCACUGGUGCUUUUUGGGGAUCCUAUCAUCUGGAACGAGAUGUUGAGUGCACUGCUCUAAGUACCAGAUCCUAUGGGAAGAUGUAGGUUGUGGAUUUAAUUAGUAAGGAUUCAUUUUAUAAAUUGAAGUGAAGUGAAGUUUGGUGGUUCAUUAAAAGAGAGACAUGGAAGAUGACGAUGAUAACACACUUGUAGAGAACGAGACACCUUCAGAAGAUAACACAACUAAAGAAAAAAGAUUUAGAGGUCAAUCAAUUUGUAAAGAAAUUUGGAAGUGGAAAAGUAAGGGAUUAAAAGUUCCUCUUGAAUGGAAUGAUUAUGGCCAACCAAUUGGAAAGCAUUGUGCUAUGCUUCAAACUUAUCUUGGUUAUCUUGCACGCACACAAGUACCUAUAGAUAUCGUUGAUUGGCCUAGUGUUCCAUAUACAUUGUUAGUUCAUCUAUGGGAUGAUGUUGAGGCCACAUUUGAAGUUGAUCCAAAUUAUGAUAAACGCUACAUUAUGGAAUCUAUUUCAAAGAAAUGGAGGGAUAGAAAGUCACAAUUGACAAAGAUCAUAUUUUCUUAUUUAGAGGACCCUGAGUUUGCAAAGGAUAAUCCAACAACAUUAACAGACCCGCCAAAAAAGUCAAAUAUCACAAAGGAACAGUGGAAAACUUUUGUUGCUUCUCGAGACAAUCCUGAGUUUAAGGCCAUACGAAAGGGGGCACAAGAGCGACGUGCUAAGCUCGAAUACAACCAUCGAUCUGCAAGAACGUCAUUAGCGCAAAUAGAGGCAAACUUACAAAAAGAACAUGGUACAUCAGAACAAAUUGAUCGAGCUUUAAUUUGGAAGAAAUCACGAAUGAAUAAUAAAGGACAAUUCUUAGAUGAGUCAACUAAAGAAGUGGCUGAAAGGAUUGAUGAACUUUUGGAGAAGAAGGGCAAAGGUGAGGUGGUGGAGAUUGGCUCAAAUGAUGUCCUCACUCAAGCUUUGGGUAAACCAGAACACCGUGGUCGUGUUCGUGGUAAAGGGUUGUCCGUGUGUCAACGGGAGGUGUUCAUAAAGCCUCCACGGACCACUUUCGCACAAUUACAAAAACAACAACUCCAAUUUCAGCAACAAGAAAAACAAGAACUCUUACGACAAUUAAAGAUCAUGAAUGAGCGUUUUAGCACCAUAGAGAGCCAGAUGAAGAUGAUGAUGAGCCACCAAUCACAAUCUCAACCGAAUAAUGCAACUCAGCCUGAGGUUCAAUCUGGAAAUGGAGUUGAGGGUCAAUCUGGAAAUGGAGUUGAGGGUCAAUCUGGAAAUAGAGUUGAGGCUCAAUCAGGAAAUGGAGUUGAGGCUCAAUCUGGAACUAGAGUUGAGGCUCAACUUGGAAAUGGAGUUGAGGCUCAAUCUGGAACUAGAGUUGAGGCUCAACUUGGAAAUGGACUUGAGAUUCAUCAAUCUACUAAUUCAAAGGAUGAACCUUGUAGAUUGAUAAUAGAGUCGUCAUUGGAAACAGUUGCAAAAGGUUAUAUAGUCCAUACUGGAGAUGAUAAAAUUCAUUGCGAUGACAUUACGGAUAAUCUUCGAGUUCGCAUAACUGAAGUUAUUGUGGGAGAUGCAGAUUUACCAAAAGCGAUCUCAGAUGAGGUUGUAAAAGUAAAAGAUGCGAUUAAUACAUUUGUACCAUGGCCUUCACACUUAGUACUAAGAGGAUUUGAGGCCUUAAUAGAACCAAGACCAAAGAAGUUGAAAGUUACAAGAAAGAAUAAUCCAAGUCAACACAUACAACCUACAACUCAGCCACAACAAAAAGAGUCACGUCCAUUCUCAUCAUCUAGUGUCAAAACAUCAAGUUUGACAACGAAAAAAAGUACAAUUCCGGAUCACAUACCACCAAGUUUGGUUUUGUACACAAAAAACUUUUUGAAGAGUAAGGGAUCUUUUAUGUGCACGAUUACAGCUCCUCAAAAUAUAUUUGGAUCAAUUGAACAUAACAUAUAUAUUGACAAGGAUGAUGUUUCACAAGUUUUACAUCUUGAAAAAAUCAGUGCAGCUGUCAUCUCAUUGUAUAUGAGAGGUCUAUAUGAAACUCUUUUAAAAAUGAGAAUUGCUCAAUAUGUAUCAUUUAUGGAGGCUUCUCAAUUUGCACCGAGCAUUGGUAAAACAAACAAUAUUGUUGAACGAGCAAGAUUACUUGCGGAACGCUUAAAUUCAGUAGAAAAGGGGAUGUUUCUAUUGACACCUUAUAACUUGGGACGACAUUGGAUGGUGAUAAUCAUAUAUGCUCAUAGCCAAGAUGCAUAUUUUUUCGAUCCAGUUGGUAAUCAUCCAAAAGAAGAUGCCGUGAGUGUAGUCAAAAGUGCAUUUGACUUAUAUAAUACCCGAAAUAAUAAUUUAAGAAGAAAAGUCCAAGGCGUAACUUGGUAUACAGUUCAGGGUCCUAAACAACCUGACGAUAAAGUCUGUGGUUUUUACAUCAUGCGACUAAUGAGAGACUUAACUAUGUCGAACGAUCCAAGAGAUUAUCUAGAGAAGCAUUGUUAUGGUCAGAAAACAUACUCAACGGAUGAGAUCAACGAAGUGCGUGAAGAAUGGGUCUCCUACUUAACUGAGUAUAUGCCAUGAUUUAGUUUAAACUUUAUUAAGUAUAUAUGACUAAUUAUACUCAUUGUCAAACUUUUAAACUAAUUACAAUAUAUAUUAUUAUGUAAUACUUUAUUAUAUUAAAAGAUGAAUUACAUACAUCUAUUUAAAGUAUUGAAAGAUUAUUUUGCAUAUUCUU